AUGAACCAAGAUAGUGCAGGGUCGGAAUCCGAACAUGCCAACCAUUCCGAUAUCAGCGUUGAGAACGAGGCUGAGAGAAUAGACGAGAAAAAAGAAAAGCGCUCAGUAUCGCCUGAACAAGCUGAGAACGAAAUGAAGAAAGGAGAGCUUGAUGAAUGCGAAGAAGAGAUCGUGGCAACGAUAGGUAUGCGACAAGAGUAUUUCCCCGAUUGGUUGGAAAUUGUACAACCAGAACAAGAGAAAACAGGAGUCGCUAUUGAAGAUAUUCUUGAGACUCCCACAAAGCAAUUGGAGACUGACGAAAGAGUCCCAAAGGAUGAAGUUCUUGUUGAAGAGGAGGAGAUCGAGGCUAAGGAACGUCCGCCUGUGAUACGCGAGAUACACGUACUCGAUCAUUUUGAUUAAAGACUUAUAAUGCACAGUUAUAGACUAAUAUUUGCCAUUUUAAUAAGUGGGGAAUGUAAGACUAAAGAACUUGAGACACUAAGCUGCCCCGAACGUUUCCUUCGCUUUUUUUUCGAGGUAGACGCACGAUAAGGUAGAGGCAAGACAUAACAUACACUCGCCCCGUUCGUGUCAUAACAAAGUUGCUGCGACUAUUUCAAAUUAGUUGCCUAAGGGUGAAUGGCCAGUCGCCAAUAUUUACCAAUCCAGAGGCCAAAUAAUCCGGGGCUUAUUUAUAAUUUUGGAGCCAACCAGCCCCUUGAGGCUAAGGUUUAAAGCAAAUUCUUGAGUUAAUGUAAACACUAACUAGCACCUUGUAAAUCUAACAUUAUUUUAAUCAAUAAAGUUUGUGGUUGCCCGUGCUAUUGUUAUUGUAAGUUAGUUUUCUAUCAAGAAUUCUGCCUUCAAAAGAGACAGCACUUUCAUUUACAUUUUCAGAAUAAUAUUGGUAAAAUCUUCGACACCACACCGACUGUACAUUUAUCACGUCGAUGUAUAUUCAUCGCGCUACGCGUAGAGAAUCACUUCUAAAUUAUAAAAACUUUCACAUUGGGGAGAAGAAUACUUCUGUGGAACAACUUCGCAGAUGUCUCAAAAUUAAGAUGAAAGGUUUACACGUCGUGUUGCGAGAAUAGAUUCGUAUGCUACCAGGGGUGGACCCCGGCAGAGAGUUCCGGAAGAAAAAUACCCCACCCUCCCCACCCCUCCUUUCUUCUACCACUUUACCGACUUUACUUUCGGUUCAUAGAGACACGUUUAGAGCGACUAAGUAGACAGGGGGGGCACGCCCCCCACUACCACGCCACCAAUUCUUGCCCAUGUCUUAAAAGCGCGCCCACCUAAGAAAGAAUGUAUGAGAGCGACUGAAACUAGGCCUGAUCUCAGGUUAACUACGAUGGUUAUUGUAACAAUUUUCAGUAUACGGUGAAAACACAAAAAAAGGCAAACAAACAAUCUUAAUAUCGCGUUGAGACUGUUUGUUUCACUUUUGUAUGAUACCAUUAAUAUUGAUCAUCAUUUCAGAAAGCACCAAAAAAUACACACAUGCGCACACAACACCUCUUACUGGCUUCGCGCUAUCCUUGCCCAUUUUAGAGGCACGACACCCAAGAGAUUACUGUCUUUUGAAAUUGGUCAAAUUUAAAUGCGAAUACACCUUUUACUGGCAUCGUUGAGAGAGGUUAAGGAGCUGCUUACAAAAACCGGGCUGGCUCGCUUUGCCAAGAUAGUAGCAGGUUAAUUAAACGCAAUAAGACUCAACUUUGUGAUUACAAGACAACCCAGCCCGGUUAGUUGGAAUCCCAAUAACGUGAUGGCUUGAUAUCAAGAUGAACGCCUCCUCCGCAAAACGAGUCAGCAGGACGCACGUAAUCAACACCCAAAUCUCCAGAGAAGACCACGUGAUCUACAAUGGUAAAUUAGCACAUGAAGUGAAUAAAAGGUCUUCUAGUUAAAAAAGCGAGGUCAGUAUCCAAGCACGGUGGACGACAGCACUGAGAAUAUAGCCGCGAAAAUGGAAAAUAAAGAAGAUUGCGAUGAAUGCAAUGAAGAAAUUGCGGUAACGAAAGUCAUCAAACAAGACUAUUUCCCUGAGUGGCUAGAAACUUCACAACAAGAGCCAGAGAAACUGGGAAUACCUAUCGAAGAUACUCUGAAGACUCCCUGUGGGGAAGUUGAGAACGCAUCAGUACCGCGUGAUGAGAUGAUCGUCGAAGAGAACAUCGAGGCCGUGGAACGUCAGCCCGCGAACUAUUGCGAGCUACUAGACUUCAGUCUUUUCGAAGACCAAAACUGA